CGGAGCGGCAAGAGCGGCCGCCGGGGAAACUGCGGCGGCAGCGGCGGCAGCAGCAGAGAUCCGCACCCCCGGACCGGCCCGCGAACUAACCCCGAGCAGGGCGUCCAUGGGGCGCCGCCUCCACCUGGCCCCGACCCCGACCGUGACCCCAGCCGGCGGCGCACGCCUGUCCUGACCUGGACUUGGAGUUUCUGCAGAGGAUCGCGUGUCCCGAAGAGGUGUUGGAGAGCACCAUGGGUGAGCAACUCCUUCCUCUGGCUUUGUAUUUGAGCAAUAUGCGGAAAGCUGUGAAGAUAAGAGAGAGAACUCCAGAAGAUAUUUUUAAACCUACCAAUGGAAUCAUUCACCAUUUUAAAUCCAUGCACCGGUACACGCUGGAAAUGUUCAGGACUUGCCAGUUUUGUCCACAGUUUCGGGAGAUCAUCCACAAUGCUCUCAUCGACAGAAACAUCCAGGCCUCCCUGGAAAGCCAGAAGAAGCUCAACUGGUGCCGAGAAGUCAGGAAGCUUGUGGCGCUGAAAACAAAUGGUGACGGAAACUGCCUCAUGCACGCUGCUUCCCAGUACAUGUGGGGUGUUCAGGACACAGACUUGGUCCUGAGGAAGGCGCUCUUCAGCACCCUCAAGGAGACGGACACCCGCAACUUUAAAUUCCGCUGGCAGCUGGAGUCUCUGAAGUCUCAGGAAUUCGUGGAAACGGGGCUUUGCUACGAUACCCGGAACUGGACUGAUGAAUGGGACAGCCUUGUCAAAAUGGCAUCCACGGACGUACCAGUGGCCCGCAGUGGACUUCAGUAUAAUUCACUGGAAGAAAUACACAUAUUCGUCCUUUGCAACAUCCUCAGAAGGCCGAUCAUUGUCAUUUCAGACAAAAUGUUGAGAAGUUUGGAAUCGGGUUCCAAUUUCGCUCCUUUGAAGGUGGGCGGAAUUUACUUGCCUCUCCAUUGGCCUGCCCAGGAAUGCUACAGAUACCCCAUCAUUCUCGGCUACGACAGCCAACACUUUGUACCCCUGGUGACCACGAAGGACAGUGGACCUGAAAUCCGAGCUGUUCCACUUGUUAACAGAGAGAGAGGAAGAUUCGAAGACUUAAAAGUUCACUUUUUGACAGAUCCUGAGAAUGAGAUGAAGGAAAAGCUCCUGAAAGAGUACCUGAUGGUGAUGGAAAUCCCUGUUCAAGGCUGGGACCACGGCACCACCCAUAUAAUUAACGCUGCAAAGUUGGAUGAAGCUAACUUACCCAAAGAAAUAAACCUGGUAGAUGAUUACUUUGAACUUGUCCAGCACGAGUACAAGAAGUGGCAGGAAAACAAUGAGCAGGGGCGGAGAGACACGCACCCCCAGAAUCCUUUGGAACCUUCCGUCCCCCAGCUUUCUCUCAUGGACAUCAAAUGCGAAACGCCCAACUGCCCUUUCUUCAUGUCCGUGAACACCCAGCCUUUGUGCCACGAGUGCUCGGAGAGGCGGCACAAGAAACAAACCAAAGCCCCAAAGCCCAACUCCAAGCCGGGCCCUGAGGCGCUGCCCCGCCUGGUGCUCGGGGCCUCCCGGGGGGAGGCCUGGAGCCCCGAGGAGCCCGCCGGGGGUCCCCACUCAGCCCCUCCGACAGCACCCAGCCUCUUCCUGUUCAGCGAGACCACGGCCAUGAAGUGUAGGAGCCCCGGCUGCCCUUUCACCCUCAACGUGCAGCACAAUGGCUUCUGCGAGCGAUGCCACAACGCCCGGCAGCUUCCCGCGGGCCACCCCUCGGACCCUGCGCAGCAUCUCGACCCCGGCAAGUGCCGAGCCUGCCUCCAGGACGUCACCAGGACGUUUAAUGGGAUCUGCAGUGCUUGCUUUAAAAGGACUACAGCCGAGCCCACCCCGAACCUCAGCUCGAGCAGCCCCCUCUCCUGCCACCAGCGCUCCAAGUCUGACCCCUCACAGCUCGCGCAGAGCCUCUCUCCGCAUGCCUGCCGCAGAGCCGGGCCCGAGGCUCCCUCUGGCCACCGCUCCUCGGCCGCACGGACUCCAGGGGACAGGACGGGGACAAGCAAGUGCAGGAAAGCGGGCUGCAUGUACUUUGGGACUCCAGAGAACAAAGGCUUCUGCACGCUGUGUUUCAUCGAGUACAGAGAAAAUAAACAUUUUGUCCCUGCCUCAGGGAAAGCCAGCCCCACGGCCUCCAGGUUCCAGAACACUGUCCCCUGCCUGGGCAGGGAGUGCGGUGCCCUUGGAAGCAGUGUGUUUGAAGGCUACUGUCAGAAGUGCUUCAUCGAAGCUCAGAGCCAGAGAUUUCGUGAAGCGAAAAGGACUGAAGAGCAGCUGAGGGCGAGCCAGCACAGAGACUUGCCCCGAGCCACCCAGAGCACCUCCUGGUCCAAGUGCACGCGGGCCACCUGCAGGAACAUGCUGGCCUGCUGCAACCAGGAGCUGUGCAUGGAGUGCCAGCACCUCGGCCAGCGCGUGGCUGCCAGCGCCCGGCGGCCCGAGCCCGUCCCUGAGGAGCCCCCCACGCAGCGCUGCCGGGCCCCCGCCUGUGAGCACUUCGGCAACGCCAAGUGCAAUGGCUACUGCAACGAGUGCUUUCAGUUCAAGCAGAUGUACGGCUAACCUGACCCAGGGGGCCAGCCCCGGCCCGGAGGGACCUGGAGCCUUAGCCCGCGUGGCGCUGUGCUCCCAGCGCCCCGGUGCCACCCGAGGGUCCGGCCCUGCACGGUGGGCCAGGGUGU